CGAGUCUCCGCCGAGCCGCGGUGCUGUGAUUGUUGCUCACAUACUCCACUCUACAAAGUUUGGCGAGCCAUAACCUUCUGAAAUCCAACAGCAAACAUAUUUUCGUUCAGCAAAAAUUCCAUAUUCUACAAACACAAGAAAGGAACAGAAGGAACUAAAAUCCAGAGGGUGGUCAAACAUAACCAAAAAUGGAAGGCACCCCGGUUGACAUUUUCAAAGACGACAAGUGCCUCUUGGCGCUCGCCGAAGACUGUUAUAUGAAUUCUACUUCGCAGUCUGGAUUUGCAGCAGGUGACAAUCUGACUUUGGACUCUGACGGGGAAGAGGAGUCAAUGUCCCCAAUAAUCCCCAUUAUCACAGCUGUGUACUCCGUGGUGUUUGUGGUGGGCUUGGUGGGCAACUGCCUCGUCAUGUAUGUUAUCAUCAGGUAUACAAAGAUGAAGACGGCCACCAACAUUUACAUCUUCAACCUGGCUCUGGCCGACGCCCUGGUCACCACGACAAUGCCUUUCCAGAGCACCGACUACCUGUUGAACUCGUGGCCGUUUGGCGAGGUGGUGUGUAAGGUGUUCAUAUCCAUCGACUACUACAACAUGUUCACCAGCAUCUUCACCCUAACCAUGAUGAGUGUUGACCGCUAUGUGGCCGUGUGCCACCCGGUCAAAGCCCUAGAUUUCCGGACACCCAUCAAUGCCAAGAUGAUCAACGUGUGUAUCUGGAUGCUGUCGUCGGCAGCCGGGAUACCAGCACUGCUACUGGGGGGCACCCAGACCAACAAUGGCACCACGGAGUGUGCCUUACAAUUCCCGGAGCCAUACGUGUACUGGGACACCGUGAUGAAGAUCUGUGUGUUUGUGUUUGCCUUCGUGGUGCCCGUGCUCAUCAUCACCGUGUGCUACUCCCUGAUGGUGCUACGACUCAAGAGCGUGCGUCUCCUCUCGGGCUCCCGGGAGAAGGACCGCAACCUGCGACGCAUCACCCGCCUGGUCAUGGUGGUGGUGGUGGUAUUUGUAGUGUGCUGGACGCCCAUCCACAUCUUCAUCCUGGUCAAGGCGCUGGUGAGCGUUCCAGAGACCACCGCCGUCAUGGCCGCCUACUUCUUCUGCGUCGCGCUGGGCUACACCAACAGCAGCCUCAACCCCGUCCUCUACGCAUUUCUGGAUGAGAACUUCAAGAGGUGCUUCAGGGACUUCUGCGUCUCGACAAAGCUGAAGAAGGGGGACAAGGGGUCGGGUAAAAACGACACCGUAAGGUCCCCGGAGGCCCCAGUUCCACUGGAGAACCCACACGGGACUAGAAAGCCGGCAUGACUAACCAUGGAAGUGUCUUUCAUUUCUCAAGUUGGAAAGGAAGACUCUAAUGAUCUGGGCCUAACCCAGGCGAUAUCAGGAAUGUGAGCACAGCAGUGCUACUGUUCCUCUGUAAAUAGCUCCAACUAGAUGACUGGUGUUCCAUUGUUUCUCUUGCAGUUAUUUGUUCCUAUCUCACAAUGGAGAUUCGCUAGGAUCACCUACUCUCGGAAGAACUUAUCGAAAGCGGUUGUUGGAGACAGAGCCAUAGAGCGGUGAAUGAGGUGAGCACCUCGCCUCCUUUAAAGGAGCCACUCUCCCGCCCUCUGGUUAUUCUCGCCUCUCUUCCACUCAAAGAGUUUUACUCUCUAGCUCACCUCAGAUCAACAGGAUCUCUGUUUUCCUGGUUAAUGGCUCAAGUGAACUGUGAAGGAUAUCGCUGCUGAGCGUAGGUCUUCAGACUCUGUCAAGAGGUUGAGUACUGACCGGAAGGUUUUUGUUUUGUGCAGAAAUGUGUUUUCUACUUCUCAGUCUCUGUUGGUAGCUAGCUUCAUGGCUAGCUAUUGAAACUUGGUUAGCCAACGCUGCAAGGCUAACUUGGCUAUCUCGCUGAGAGCCAAGCUAACCUCAAUAGCAGAUCCUACCUGCAACACGGUAGCAUUGCUAGCUCCCUUCUCUCGUCUAGUGCCCCCACUUGGUUUCCUUCAGCCAGCACUGAGCUAGCCACGCCACACCUUCACCAAGAGGUACCUGCUAGCUAACACCCCACUAGCCUUGGCUAUAGCGUACUACUGUGCUCAUUAUUGCUAGCUGUUAGCCACAAGGCUUCUAACUAGCUAGCUUAUUACUCUGUUUACAUGAGCUACUAUUUCCUAGCCACAUGCCGCAAGGCUUCUAAUUAGCUGGCCUAUGCCGUCGUUACGUUGUUCUUACAAAAGAUGUUGCUUUCUCCCCCUAGCAAGUUCCAAAAAGUGAAAAAAAGUUUUUAAAGUACGAAAUAUCAGAACAAGCAAUGUCAAGAGUGAAAUUAAAUGAUAAAUAUAUAUAUAUAUAUAUACACUGCUCAAAAAAAUAAAGGGAACACUUAAACAACACAAUGUAACUCCAAGUCAAUCACACUUCUGUGAAAUCAAACUGUACACUUAGGAAGCAACACUGAUUGACAAUAAAUUUCACAUGCUGUUGUGCAAAUGGAAUAGACAAAAGGUGGAAAUUAUAGGCAAUUAGCAAGACACCCCCAAAAAAGGAGUGAUUCUGCAGGUGGUGACCACAGACCACUUCUCAGUUCCUAUGCUUCCAGGCUGAUGUUUUGGUCACUUUUGAAUGCUGGCGGUGCUCUCACUCUAGUGGUAGAAUGAGACAGAGUCUACAACCCACACAAGUGGCUCAGGUAGUGCAGUUCAUCCAGGAUGGCACAUCAAUGCGAGCUGUGGCAAAAAGGUUUGCUGUGUCUGUCAGCGUAGUGUCCAGAGCAUGGAGGCGCUACCAGGAGACAGGCCAGUACAUCAGGAGACGUGGAGGAGGCCGUAGGAGGGCAACAACCCAGCAGCAGGACUGCUACCUCCGCCUUUGUGCAAGGAGGUGCACUGCCAGAGCCCUGCAAAAUGACCUCCAGCAGGCCACAAAUGUGCGUGUGUCAGCAUAUGGUCUCACAAGGGGUCUGAGGAUCUCAUCUCGGUACCUAAUGGCAGUCAGGCUACCUCUGGCGAGCACAUGGAGGGCUGUGCGGCCCCACAAAGAAAUUCCACCCCACACCAUGACUGACCCACCGCCAAACCGGUCAUGCUGGAGGAUGUUGCAGGCAGCAGAACGUUCUCCACGGCGUCUCCAGACUCUGUCACGUUUGUCACAUGUGCUCAUGUGCUCAGUGUGAACCUGCUUUCAUCUGUGAAGAGCACAGGGCGCCAGUGGCAAAUUUGCCAAUCUUGGUGUUCUCUGGCAAAUGCCAAACGUCCUGCACGGUGUUGGGCUGUAAGCACAACCCCCACCUGUGGACGUCGGGCCCUCAUACCACCCUCAUGGAGUCUGUUUCUGACCGUUUGAGCAGACACAUGCACAUUUGUGGCCUGCUGGAGGUCAUUUUGCAGGGCGCUGGCAGUGCACCUCCUUGCACAAAGGCGGAGGUAGCGGUCCUGCUGCUGGGUUGUUGCCCUCCUACGGCCUCCUCCACGUCUCCUGAUGUACUGGCCUGUCUCCUGGUAGCGCCUCCAUGCUCUGGACACUACGCUGACAGACACAGCAAACCUUUUUGCCACAGCUCGCAUUGAUGUGCCAUCCUGGAUGAACUGCACUACCUGAGCCACUUGUGUGGGUUGUAGACUUCGUCUCAUGCUACCACUAGAGUGAGAGCACCGCCAGCAUUCAAAAGUGACCAAAACA